AUGUCUCGCACAAUCAAGAACGUGGCUAUUGCUGGGGCUAGCGGCAAUGUUGGAGCCCGAGUCCUGAGUGCAUUAAUAGACCUGAAGUUCAACGUGACCGUGCUUACUCGCAGUUCCAAAUCCUUCCCUUCCACAGUUCAGGUGAAGGUGGUUAACUUUGAUUCCCUGGAAUCUUUAUCCGCUGCCAUCGCCGGACAAGACGCGGUUAUCGAUACUACCUUCUCUCUGGAGAUUGAAACACCACUCCGCCUGAUUCACGCGGCGGCGGAGAAUGGCGUUUACCGCUUUAUAACUAGCGACUUCGGACUCGAUCCUGACCUCCCAGGUGUUCACGAUAUGCCCGUUUUCGCCCGGAAGAAAGCUUCAUACGAGGCCGUGAAGAGACAUGCUGCUGAGAAUCGUUUGACAUACACCCUGGUCGCCUGCGGUGCCUUUCUCGAUUGGGGUAUCUCCUCGGGAUUUGCAGGGCUGGACAUGAAGGGAAAAAAAGCUUUCAUCUUUGGUGAUGGAAACAAUGUUGUUCCAUGGACGACAAUAGAUGAGGUUGGUGUAGCCACUGCCCAUGUGCUUUUGCAUCCGCAAGAAACAUUGAACCGCCCCGUCUAUGUUCAUUCCGUGUUCAUGUCGCAGAAUCAACUUCUUGCCACCUCAAAGGCAAUUCUAGGAGCUGACGGGUGGGAGACCACCUAUAAUGACAUGGAUCAACUAUUCAAAAAUGCGUUGGCAGAUCUCGAGGCCGGCAACAUCAGUACUUCAACCUUCGAAGUACAAAUCCAGUACUGCCUAGCCACUAAAGCGCUUGCACAUCCCUGGGCAAGAGAUGACAAUCUUCUUUUGGGACUGAAGGGCUGGGAGAUGGAGAAGGUGGAAGGGCUGGUUCAGACAAUUGUCCAAGAAGCAGCGCAAAGCUGAGAAUAUCGUUCCUCCUCGAAAACAG